UUCUUAGUCCCUUGCAAAGUGAUUUUGUAGAUGUGCUUGUCUCUUGCAACUAACAGAGGAAGCAACUAACAGAAGAAGCAAGGACAGAGAUGUUUGGGUUUCUCUGACUGAACAAAAUGUAUUUAUCCAGCAUUUGUGGCAUGGAGUCUGCAUAACUAUCUUGAACUGCAGCUCUUCAGUUAAAAUAGUUGGAAAGCCUGAGCACUUCAAGAUAACGAUGUCAUUUUAAUAAAGAAGACCAACUAGACAGCACACUGACAGAAGAACUCAAAUAUGGGGAAGAAAAGGGCUAAAAACAUCAAGAAAAGCAACCAGCUAGAAUUGCCUGAAAUAAUUGAGGACUGGACUAAGGAACACGUAAAACAAUGGGUGACAAAUGAACUUAAGCUUGAGGAGAAACAUGGCGACAUCCUUCUUCAUCAAGAUGUGACAGGCGCCAUUUUGAAGCUUUUAAGCAAGCAAGACCUCACAGAAAUGGGUAUAACCCAUGGCCCAGCUUGCCAAAUAAUGCAUGCACUGGGGAAAAAGGAUGUUCCAGGUGAAAGCCCUAGCAGUUCUUCUGGACAAGAAUGUAGCACAAGGCCUUUUGAUACAGACUCUUCAAUUAAAAGUGAAGAUGCAGGUGCAAUGAAAGAAAAUAGCAAAGGGAAUUCAGCCAGUGCUGAUGCGUCACCAGCGUUUGCAAGAUCUAAAUCCACUGAGCCACCAGAAUCUGUAGUUGAAGAAAGAAGAAAAGAUAUGGCUCACCAAGGAAAUGGAAAUAACCAGGUUCCAACUAGACAAACAUGUCUCCCCUACCCUUUUGAUGAGUUUCACAUUAGCCAUCGUUAUAUUCAACAUUAUGUCCUUCAUAUACCUGAAACAGGUCCCCUCAAUCUUAUUGAUCCAGUCCAUGAAUUUAAACUCUUUACAAAUACAGAAAAUGCAACAGAGGAGGAUAUGAAGAUGAAAUUUUGCAAUGAGGUUUUCAGAUUUGCUGCAGCAUGCAUGAACUCCCGCACCAAUGGUACUAUCCACUUGGGAGUCCGGGACAAGCCACAUGGAGAAAUUAUUGGAGUAAAAGUUCAAAAUAAAGAGAAAUAUAUUAGCUAUUUUGAGUUAAUAAACAAAUACUUUGGAGAUGCUGUCAUUGGUGUUGCAAAAGAUUGCAUUAGGAAACCUAGGUUUGUGGAAGUAUUGCAACAAAACAGCAUCCCAUCAGAAACAUUUGUUAUUGAAAUUGAUGUGGUUGCAAAGUACUCUAGUUGCCUAUCUAAAUAUUUCCCUACUAAGAACUACAGUUUUAAGACUAAAAAAUGGGAUCCAUGUUUGUUUAUAAGAGAUGGUGCAUCUUCCAAAAACCUCUUAAAAUCUAAUGAUAAAACAGAACAUAAAUCAUUUUUGGCCAAACUGGAGAAAUUAGCAGAGGACAGAAAAGAAGCUGAGGAAAAACAUGGAGAAAAAAGGAGGAAUAUAGAUGGGGAAGGUCGUAAGCUGGUGAGCUUACUCACAGGCAACAGGGACUUGCUAGAUAACUCCCAUUAUGACUGGUAUAUUUUAGUCACAAACAAAUGUCAUCCAGAUCAGACACAGCAUAUAAACUUCUUGCAGGAAAUAAAGUUAUUUGCUGUUCUAGAGUUUGACCCGGAAUCAGCAAGCAAUGGUGUCGUCAAAGCAUUCAGAGAAGACAGAGCUGCAAACCUUCAUUUUCCAAAGCAGUACCAGAAGCCUGGGCAUUCAGCUUCUGAAACAAUUGAAGAACUUAAUCUCUAUCAGCAGCCAAGUUGGAUUUUCUGCAACGGUAGGUCAGACUUGAACAGUGAAGCACAUCAACCCUUGAGUCCUGGACUCUGGCAGCAGCAGAAGGCAGCUGAGGUGAGGAAACUGAUCUCAUUUCUAUCCCAUCCAGAUAUAAUGCAAAGAGGGAAAUUUUUGGUGGUAUUUCUCAUGCUGUCAAAAGUGGAAGAUCCAGGUGAUCCCAUGAUAGAAGCUUUCUGUGCUUUUUAUCAAGAACUUAAUGGACUUGAUGAUAUGCUGUGUAUCUGUAUUGGGGCACAAACAUACCCUUGCUGGAGAGAUCUCCUGCGAGCCAGAUUUAUUGAAUCAGACACACUAGCAGAUAGGUGCAUAUCUCACUUGAGCCUACCAAUGGUAGAUGGUACCAUCCAAAAACUAAAAUCAGUGACCCAAACUUCUCAGAGACUUUUGCCAUCAAAGGGGGGUUCUUUUACAAUUCUCUCAAAGAAAGAAGAAGACUUUAUGACUGCACUGGAAAUACUAUGUGAAAAUGAAUGCAAGGACACAGAAAUUGAGAAAAACGAAGAAAAAUUUUAUGAAUUUAAAAAAUCCCAAGAAGAGCAUUUUUAUCGUGGUGGGAAAGUGUCUUGGUGGAAUUUCUAUUUCUCCUCUGAAAACUACUGUUUACCUUUUAUUAAACGGGAUGCAUAUGAAACGCUUGAAGAUCUGAUUGAAAGAGGAUCUCAGUCUCCUAAACAGUCGCCCACAAAAAUUAUCAACCUUUAUCAUCAUCCGGGUUGUGGUGGUACUACUUUAGCCAUGCAUAUUCUCUGGGAACUGAGAAAGAAAUUUAGAUGUGCUGUUCUGAAAAAUAAAACAGUUGAUUUUGCAGAAAUUGCAACACAAUUGACCACGUUACUUACAUAUGGGACAUCAAACAAGUUUGAUUAUUUGCCAGUACUGCUACUUGUAGAUGACUUUGAAGAGCAAGAAAAUGUUUACCUUCUACAGCAUGCUAUGCAGUCUGCCAUAGCAGAAAAGGGUAUUCAAUAUGAAAAUCCUAUAGUUAUAAUCUUAAAUUGCAUGAGAUCCCAGAAUCCUGGGGAAAGCUCAAAAAGCAACAGCUUGAACAGUAUUGCACUGAAACAAAAACUAAGUCCGAAAGAACAAAGGGCUUUUGAGGAAAAACUGAAAGAAAUUGAAGAGCAGUAUGAUCAUCCUGAAGAUUUUUACUCAUUUAUGAUUAUGAAAAGAAAUUUUGACCAGCAGUACAUAGAGAAUGUAGUUAAGAACACUCUAAAAGGUUUGGAUGUUAGCAGUAAGCAAACUCGACUUAUUUCCUUUCUGGCACUGUUAAAUUCUUACGUCACUGAGUCCACAAUUUCAGUAUCACAAUGCGAGGAAUUUUUGGGAAUAAGUACUAAAAAGGCUUACUGGGGUACAGAAAACCUGGAUGACAAGAUGGGAAACUGCUCCAACAUUAUAAUACAGACUGAAGUGCAGGAACGUGGGCGAUACAAAGGGGUACGUAUUAGUCAUUCAUUGAUUGCUGGACAAUGCUUAGAGGAAUUUAAACAAACUUACAAACUAACAAAAAGUAAGAUUACACUGUUGCUGUUAAGAGAGAAUUUAUUUUAUGACAUGGGCAUAGGGAGAGACAAACUUCAGCAGGAUGUUCAAAGCAUGCUGCUUAUAAGGCACCGAAAGGAACAUGGAGAUGACGCAGACACUUUGUUUUCUCCAUUAAUUGAAGCAAUUCAAAAAGAAGAGAGGAGUGUUGAAGUUGAAACGGUGUUGACUGAAGCAACCUGCAGAUUUAGUCAAAAUGUAUUUAUCAGCCAAGCCUUAGCAAGGCAUUUCUACAUCAAGGAGAAAAACUUUAAUCGUGCACUAGAGUGGGCUAGAAAAGCUAAAAAAGGUGCCCCUAACAACUCAUAUAUAUCAGACACUUUGGGUCAAGUUUAUAAAAGCGAAAUAAAGCAUUGCCUAGAAGAAAAUGCAGAGAAAUCUAUAACUGUUGAAAUUCUGAAACGUUUGUUGAAUCUUGCAAAGUGUGCCUCAGAGGCAUUUAAAGAAUCUCAAGAACAAACAGAAAAUAAAGACAGUGAAAAAGAAUGUUUUCAGAGUAUAAAAUACAAGAGGAGAUAUGAAACAUAUAAUACAUCUGGUUACCUUGGAGAAAUAGAAACUGGUCUAUAUGCUAUAGAAAUGAUUGAAUCCAUACCUCUGUUCAACAAAAAAGAUGAACUCUCUAGAAAACACAUAAUACAGUUUUUGUCAGGAAAUGGGGGUAUUCCAAAAGUCCCAGGUGAUACAGAGAAUGAAGAAUACAGAUUGACACUGGAAGAAUAUGCUAGUUAUCUAAGUAAUCUGCACACAAAUUUGAAAAAAGCAUUUGAUUUUUUCGAGAACUACUUUGUUUUUUUGAAGCCAAAAAAUCCAGAAAAAGAAAUCGUGGAGCUCAAAAUACGGAGAAAGGUUCAAGAAUUUUUCAAAAAAUAUGCAGAAACAUUUUGCCACUCUGAUUCAGACUGGCUAAUGAACUCAAAACUGAGUUCAUCUUUGCAGGUGGAAAAUUAUAGAAAGAGUUUAGAAGCUUCCAAAGCUGACAAGUUUUCUGGAAUUUUGGAACAUCUCAGCAAUCAUGAAAAUGCUAUAAGCAAAAUUGAGGACAUAGUGAAACAGUAUACACUUUUGCUUGAUCAGAGCUCUAGCAAAUCUUUGCAGAGGUACAAACUGAAUUUUAUUUUGGCCAACAUUGUUCUCCAUUGCCUCAAUCCAAAAUCCAAGAUGGUACCAUCUUUUCUAGAACUGAAAGAACAGCUUAAAACAAUUUUACAGUCAGUAGGUCUAGAUUAUCGAUUCCCAGAACCAUACUUCUUGGCUUCUUUAUUAUUCUGGCCUGAAAAUCAAAAGCAAUUCGAUAAAGAUUCCAAUCAAAUGGGAAAAUACCUCAAUUCUCUGAAGAAGGCAUUUAAUGGGCAGUACUGGCAAAUGUGCCGUUCCAAACAACCUAUAGCAUUUUUCUACCUUGGAAAAGGAAGCAACCUGAGCAAAUUUAUUCACAAAGGAAAAAUUGAUCAGUCUGUUACUGCUAAGAAUAGGGGCAAGUCAAGGCAAAAGAUGAAUGAUGAGCUGAGUUGCCUGUGGCAGAGUGGAGAGAUAUGGAAAACAGAGGACGCCAAACAUCUUUUGCUUCGGCUGAAUGGAAAGGCUGAAGAUAAUAUCGUCUAUGUCGAUUACGGUAUUGAUGAAGACAUCAGAAUACCAGCACGGCCUGUUUUCUUAGGCCAGCUGAAGAGUGGUCGGAGUGUAGAAAGAGUAUCUUUUUACUUGGGGUUUUCCAUUGGAGGCUUGAUAGCCUGUGACAUAGAAAUUAUUUAACCCUCUUUGAAAAUACAUUCUGUUGUACAGUACUGUAAAUUUAAUUUGACCUCUCCUUUGUCUAUAGCAGCAAGAGACACAUGGCAUUUUAUCCUAACACCAGAUAUAGUAAUUGAAUAUAUUUGGUUGUAUCCAACUAAAUUUUACUAGUGCAUGUAUAUUCAGAACAGCUUUUCUUUUUCUUUUUGGCUAUGCUAUUUAUCUGCUUGCUUCUGAUAUAUUCUGCUUUUCUGGUCACUUUUUUAAUUAUUAAUUUUAUUGUUGGUUGGUACCUACGGUACUUAGUUUUCUUUUGAAGAUGAAGCAGAGAAAAAAAAGGGUAAAUAGCAUUUAAAUUGUGUUCUCUUUUGUUGUAAGAAAUAACAUUCCAUUCAUCAAUAGUAUUAUAUCUAUCUAUCUAUCUAUCUAUCAUCUAUCUAUCUAUAUAAAAUAAGAACUUGAUCUUGGUGGUCUGAUUUUUAUAUUAUAAUCUGCUGGAUUAAUGAAAUAUUUGGGGGUCACCUGAACCGUGAACACGGAAAGCCUAUAAGAGAAUGGUGUGUCCCAGGACAACAAAGAGAAGUUCAGCACUGGUUCAGCUGAGCAAGAAUGUCAUAGAAUAUAUUUCCUUGGAUGUUACCAAAGGAAAAUGGAAAGGUAUUUGAUAGGGAUGAUUAAGAGAUGAAGAUAAAUCCUAAAUUGGUAUGAGCUGAAUGACAGAGCUGUACCACCCAUAGGAGGGUGGGAGAAAUUCGAUAUGGUUAGGAUUUUAAUGUGAACCUACCUAAUUUGUAGUUUCCAAAACAAUACAUGAACUGAAACAUAGUUGUCAUUUGUAAUUUGUACUUCUCUGAAUUUUGUGCUGCAGUUCUUCUGCCAAAUAAUGUACUGUAUUCAUAAAUGUGCAUAUCGGGGAAAGUGUGAAAAUAACAUAUCAAAUGCAUUAUACUGGGGGAAAUUGCUUUUAAAAAUGUUGACAUCGUGCAAAACUGCAUACCAAAAUGUGUAUUUGGAAGAAAUUUGCACUAAAAUUCUGAUGAAUUUG